UGGAUAAUCUUUUUCCUUUAGGCCGUUAGAUCUUCUGCAAAGAACCUUAACCCAGCAGAGAGAAAAUGGAAAUAGCCCUCUGUCCAUUCCAUUCCUCAGUUUCAUCCCCAUGUUGGCAAGCUCUUAAAUCCAGGUAAAAGAGAACCCUUCUUUGGCUUAAAACUAUCAACUCUCUUACUUCUAUGCAGCUUUAGUUGGUAUUCUCUCUUCCCAAUUUGUAGUUGUUGAUGUACUAGGGACAUGGCUUGUUUCACAGUUGCUUGCAAUAAUGGAUUUUUUGUUAGUAAAGAAAACUCGGUAAUUGCAAGUGGAAAAACCAAGUCUUUUAGGAGAUACAAUAGCUUUUCUAGUAGUUCAUUUUGCUUUCAUUCACUUAGAAUAUAUAAUUAUAACCAUAGCAAAACCCAGAAUUUGUUUUUUUCUGGUGAUAAUAGGUUUAGGUUGGUUAGCAAUGGAAGAAGAAAUGAGGUUCCUUUAUUGGGGUUUCAAGUUUGUUGCAAGGCACAUAAUAGGUUAUUGAUGAGGGGAAAUAAUGGAGAUAGGAAAACCCUAUUAGGGAAAAGAGAAAGUAGUAAUGUGAGGAAAAGAUUUUCAUUAAGAUUGCAUCCCAGGUUGCGGUUAUUAACAAUAAGAAUGAAGGGAGUUUCGGUUAGGUCAACGUUAAAUGAUAUCGGAAUGUUUCUACGAAAGAAUAUAAGAAGAGUUACUCUCUGCAGUACAAUAUCUCUAGCAUUGGCGAUGUGCUAUUUGUUCUUGAAAUUAACUGCAUUGCCAUCUCCUAAGAUUGUUCCUUACUCGGAGUUGAUAACAAGCCUCCAGAAUAGUUCUGUGACAAAGGUUUUGCUAGAAGAGGGUUCUCGUCGUAUAUAUUUCAAUAUGGAUUCUAAAAGUGCUGAAGAUACUCAAAAUUCAGAAGAAGAAUCUUUGGCAGUGAAUGAAUCAAUUGAAAAUGUAACUGAUAUGGCUGCACAAGAUGAUGGUGUGGAAGGUAGGCGAUUGCAAAAACAAGGUCUAUUUAAGAAAGUUUCAAGCCCUCAAUCUUCUACUUCUGAGUGGCAGUAUUUGACAAGAAAAAUUGAUCAUGAUGAAAAAUUUCUUCUUAGUUUGAUGAGAGAAAAGGGAACAACUUAUAGCUCAGCUCCUCAGUCAGUUCUAAUGUCGAUGAGGAGUACUUUAAUAACAAUACUAUCCUUGUGGGUUCCUUUAACACCUUUGAUGUGGCUUCUGUAUCGUCAACUUUCUGCUGCUAAUAGCCCUGCAAGAAAGCGGCGUCCAAAUAAUCCGUUUAUUGGGUUUGAUGAUGUGGAGGGAGUUGAUACUGCUAAGGCGGAGCUUAUGGAGAUAGUUUCAUGCCUUCAGGGAUCUAUAAAUUACCAAAAACUGGGAGCAAAAUUGCCUAGAGGUGUACUGCUAGUGGGUCCACCUGGAACAGGGAAGACAUUACUAGCUCGUGCAGUAGCUGGAGAAGCGGGAGUUCCUUUUUUCAGCGUAUCAGCUAGUGAAUUUGUUGAAUUGUUUGUUGGAAGAGGAGCAGCUCGAAUUAGAGACCUUUUCAAUGUGGCAAGGAAAUCUGCACCGUCGAUUAUAUUUAUUGAUGAACUUGAUGCAGUUGGAGGGAAGCGUGGUAGAAGUUUCAAUGAUGAACGAGACCAAACAUUGAACCAGUUGCUGACAGAAAUGGAUGGAUUUGAGUCAGACAUGAAAGUGGUUGUUAUUGGGGCAACUAAUAGGCCAGAAGCAUUGGAUCCAGCCCUCUGUCGCCCUGGUCGCUUCUCGAGAAAAGUGUUGGUGGGGGAACCAGAUGAGGAAGGAAGGAGAAAGAUUUUGGCUGUGCACUUGAGAGGAGUUCCUCUAGAAGAAGACAAACAACUUAUUGCCGACUUAGUUGCUUCCUUGACCCCAGGUUUUGUAGGUGCUGAUCUUGCAAACAUUGUCAAUGAAGCUGCUUUACUUGCUGCUCGUAGAGGUGCUGAAACUUUGACAAGGGAAGAUAUAAUGGAAGCUGUUGAGAGAGCUAAAUUUGGGAUUAAUGGUAGGCAGCCUAAUACAAUAGGCAAAGAGCUAGGGAAACUUUUCCUAUGGAUGCCCUCCUUAAUGGGAAGGAGUGAUACAAGACAGGAUGGUUUGCAAGGGCCCUUGGGCUAUCAAACUCUAAGCUGAUAAGUGCUACUUUCUCCGUGCUUAUACUGUAAUUUAUCAGUUAUAUGAUUCUUGAGAUGCUUCUAAGAAAUGAAUAUGAAAACAAUUUUGUUUUUAUUUAAUAUUUUUGUGGAAGAGAUAUGUCUAUUGGAAACA